CAAUACCGAGAACAAGAGUUGAAAGUCUCAAAAACUAAGUCGGCGGCUAAUCUAAUAUUUUUAUAUACUCAGAAACCUAAACCGAUACAAGGCAAAGAAGACGAUAGAACCCGAGAAAAGACAAUUACAUAUGUCAUGCAGAAUAUCUAAAUACUCCUCCAGAAAACUUUUGACAGCUAAUUUACCAAAGAAGUUGUGGAAAACAAACCAACCAUAACGAAUACUUCCUAUAGUAAAAUCCAUGGUAUCACGCCAAAUGAAAGACUAAUAAGGCUUCAUAAUCCGACAAAAAAAAUACAAAUCUUUCAGAUGUGGAUAAGUCUGUAACGACUUUGAAACGUUUUGAUAAAAACUUUAUGAAGAUAUCAUAUACAAUCCAUUCUAAAACGUAAUUUGGAUAACUCUAAUAAGAACAUGUACGUAAAUAACUUUAUAUUAAAAUAUGCAAUUAGGAUUAUUAUAUACGAAAGAGAUAGAGACAUUGGAGUUCAAAUGAUUACUAAAAAAAACGAGGAAAAAAAAACAUUAUCUUAUCUUUCUGUCUUGCGGCUAAAGUACAGAACAGAGAAGAGGCAACGAAUCUCAUUACAACGAUGAUUGCAACACAAACAUUUGUCUCUGUCCUUUUCUUUGUCCUCUUCCUUAUAUCUCUCCCUUUCUCCACAUUCGCUGCACCUCCGUCGUCGGACUCUACCUACGAAUCAUUCGUUCAGUGUUUCUCUGACAAGACGAAAUCUCCACAGACCCAAAUCACUGACAAUGUCUUCUCUCAGACAAACCCUUCUUUCUCCUCUGUCCUUCGUGCUUACAUUCGAAAUGGGAGGUUCAACACUUCAUUUACACCAAAACCCACGAUCAUCGUCACUCCUCGCUCCGAUAGCCACGUCAGCGCCGCCGUCACUUGCUCAAAAACACUAAAUUUCCUCCUCAAAAUCCGAAGUGGUGGCCAUGAUUACGAAGGUCUCUCUUACAUCUCUGAUAAACCCUUUUUUAUACUCGACAUGUCUAAUCUCCGUGAUGUCUCUGUCGAUAUCGCCGAUCAAUCGGCGUGGAUCUCCGCCGGAGCAACUCUCGGAGAGGUUUAUUACAGAAUUUGGGAAAAAAGCAAAGUCCAUGGAUUUCCCGCCGGAGUUUGUCCUACGGUUGGUGUUGGUGGACAUGUAAGCGGUGGUGGUUACGGUAAUAUGUUGAGGAAAUUCGGAUUAUCAGUUGAUAACUUGAUCGAUGCGAAGAUCGUCGAUGUAAAUGGUCAGGUUUUAGACCGGAAAGCAAUGGGUGAGGAUCUUUUUUGGGCGAUUUGCGGCGGAGGAGGAGCUAGCUUUGGCGUCGUUUUGGGAUACAAGGUCAAGCUCGUUCCUGUGCCAGAAACUGUUACGGUUUUUAGAGUGGAGAAGUAUAUGGAUUCAGGAGCGGUGGAUAUGGUUCACAAAUGGCAAUCCGUUGGUCCGAAAACCGACCGGAAUCUGUUUUUGAGAAUGUUGAUUCAACCAGCGACAAGGAAGAAAGUGAAGACGGUGAGAGCUACUGUGGUGGCUCUGUUUUUAGGCAGAGCAGACGAAGUUGUUGCGUUGCUUCGUAAGGAGUUUCCUGAACUGAGUUUAAAGAAGGAGAACUGUAUUGAGAUGUCUUGGUUUCAGUCUGCUUUAUGGUGGGAUAAUCGUGUUAAUGCUACUCAGAUUGAUCCUAAAGUGUUUCUUGAUCGGAAUCUUGAUAAAGCGAAUUUUGGGAAGAGGAAAUCGGAUUACGUUGCGAGUGAGAUUCCUAGAGAUGGGAUUGAGUCUUUGUUCAAGAAGAUGAUUGAGUUGGGGAAAAUCGGGCUUGUUUUUAAUCCGUAUGGUGGGAAAAUGGCGGAGGUUACGGUUAAUUCAACGCCGUUUCCGCACCGAAACAAGCUUUUCAAGGUUCAGUACUCGGUGACCUGGCAAGAAAACUCUGCCGAGAUAGAGAAGGGUUUCUUGAAUCAGGCUAACGUUCUUUACAGUUUCAUGUCCGGGUUUGUGAGCAAGAACCCUAGAAAUGCUUACUUGAAUUACCGUGAUGUCGAUAUCGGUGUGAACAAUCAUGGUGCGAAUAGUUAUGAGGAAGGAGAGGUGUAUGGAAGGAAGUAUUUUGGAGAUAAUUUUGAUCGAUUAGUAAAGGUUAAAACCGCGGUUGAUCCAGAUAAUUUCUUCAUGCAUGAACAGAGUAUACCUACCUUGCUUAGCAAGGCAUAGUGGUAAACAAAUUUAGCUUUUUUUGUUUUAAUCAAAACCAACAAUGUUGAUUUGGAAUAUUGUAUUCACGGAACUCCUAUUAUAAUAAGAUUCUUUUGUCACUGAAAGAUAAUUCCAAAACGGUCGAUUGAUGUAGCUACCUAAUCUUGAAAUUUGUGGAGGAAAUUGUGGAA